GAGACUUGAAUAAGUUGUGACUUGAAUUUGAUCAGAGACAAUUUUCUGAUAUUGUGCAGGCACAUUUAUGAGCCAAUCAAGUAUUCUUUCAGAUAUUUUUGCUAUCUCACACUAUCAUCACAUGGAGUGCUCCCUCCCUCACUCAGUCUCUCUCUCUCUCUCACUCUCUCACUCUUUUCCCUCACUCUUACACACACACAAGAUUGCAGCUAAAAAUGGCACAUGAUCAGGACAGAGACAGAACUAAUUCAAAGCGCAAACUGCCGUUUCAACAUUUUUCAAAGAUCCACUCCAUCUGAUGUAACACAUACAAUUCCUUCUCCAUUCAUGCACACAAUUGCUAGCACUUUACACUUAACUUCAACAUAUAUGGCCUGUCACACAUUCACUCAACACACAAAAUUUAUUACUCAUCCACACUCUUGCUGCAGCUUACAUUCAUGCACAAUUUCUCACUUCUGGCCAGUAGUCACUGCCCCGUAGACCUCUUAGUGACUAUUUAUGGUUUGGCUCCUCAGCAAACCCUUAAACUACCUGUCCCUUCAGACCUCACCCUGCAGUUUCUUCUGCCUCUUUGAGUGAGUGGUAUCCACAGGUCUUUACUCAUAAAAGAUAUCUAUAUCCUCAUAACUCGUGACUUAUUCACGCUGUUUAAUUCUUCUUCAAUAAAACACUUGAGUCAAAUAGAGUCCAAUGCAAUAUAGAUUUUACUGUAAUAGCAAAACAAAGCACACGUAAAACCGAGUUGGUUCAUGAAGCAACUGAACAGGCUCAAUUGUGCAUUCACUAAUAUUUCAGGGAGAGGCAGCCGGGAGCCGGCUCCGAUCGUUCACUUAAAGGAGCCAAAGAGCCGACUCGUUCGCGACCAACACAUCACUGAGAGAGAGAGAGAGAGAGAGAGAGAGAGAGAGAGAGAGAGAGAGAGAGAGAGAGAGAUGUGGCUUUGACAGUGGUCAUGAGUUAUGUAGCCAGAGACAACACAGUUACUGUCUGAAUUUAUGCCAGUGAGCUGGAGUUAGCUGCACUAGCACAAAAGCCUCACCUGACGUUUCAUCAUGGCCGAAGUGGACGAGAGUCAGUUUUCUCUCAUGAGUCUGGAGGAUGAGCUGACCUGCAGCAUCUGUCUGAGUACCUUUGACUGUCCGGUGACCAUCCCCUGCGGACACAACUUCUGCCAGGACUGCCUCCUGGCCACCUGGAAGGACUCCUACAGCUGUCCUCAGUGUCGGACCCACUUCGCCACCAAACCGGAGCUGAAGAAAAACACGGUCCUCAGCACCGUCGUGGAGACCUUCAACUUGAGGUCGACCAAGAGCGAGGCCCGCCUGACAGCAGAGGAGAGCAAAGCCGAGAAAGAGGAUGUCAUACGCUGCGAUACAUGUAUGGAAGCAGAGGCGUCCCAGACCUGCCUCACCUGCAUGGCCUCUUUCUGUGAGGAGCACCUGCGGCCUCACCGGGAAAACCCAAACUUUAGUCUCCACCAGCUGAGUGAGCCUGUAGGCGACCUUUCGGAGCGUAUCUGCCCGGACCACCACAAGCUGAUGGAGCUCUUCUGCACCCAACAUGGCCGCCCAAUCUGCAGCUUCUGCCUCCAGCAAGUCCACAAAGGCUGCUCCUUCGUGGCUCCUGAGGAGCAGAGGAACCUGAAAGAGUACGACCUCAGAGACAAGUUGGGUUUGCUGGACGGGAAGAUUGAGAAGACAAAGACUGUUAUGUUGCAAAUGAAUGACACGCAGAGCAAGCUGAAGGACACAGCAACCAAAAAGAAGACAGCAUUGGCAGCUGUGUAUCAGCAGAUGCGGGAUAUGUUGGCCCAAGAGGAACUCAAGGCCCAACAUGAGGUGGACUGCGAGCUGGAGACUGGCCAGACGAAACUGCAGGAUCUCAUAAAGAGGUUAACUGAGAAUUCUGAGAAGAUGAGAAAAGCCAGAGAAGAUCUAGACAGUCUGCUGAGUCAAUCCCAUACCCUGGCCUUUCUACAGGCUUCAUUUAACUUGCCUAAGGCUAUAAAGUUUGACCUUUACACCCCUCGAAUCAGCCUGGACUCCAAGAAGGUGACAGCAACACAGGGCUUUGCUGCUGCCCUGAAGGAGAAUCUGACAGAGAUCCUUAAACAGCCUGUUGAGGCCAGACUACCGAUACUUAAACCAGGUGAAUGUGCAGAUGAAAAAGCAGUUCCUGUCUCAGGACCUGCAAAUACUGGAAAUACUGGAUCUCAGCUGAAAUCUGAACUACCAGAGCAGGAAAGACAGCCCAUGUCCCACAGUCCAGGUCGUCCACCCAUCAGGCCAUACUUCCACCCAGUUCCUAUAGUUCAUCGCUAUAUGGGACCACAUGGAGGCUGGAAUCGAUCCCAGCAUGCACAGGGCCAGUCACCAGGCUUUUAUAGGGGUCCUCCAUUUAUGGCACAACAAGACAGAAAGCCCCCCAAUGCUCCAGGAGAAAAUAAUCCAAGUGCGAAAGGAUCUGAUUUCUCCAAGAAAGACAAUCCCAGAAGCCAUCCUUCAUCAGAGAAAUCAAAAAAAAAUAAGUAGAUGCAGCAACAUAUGUAUUUGCAUCUGCAGUCCUAAUACAAUGAGGCACUGAGACUCAUUGUUAAUCACAUGAUAGGUAAUGGCCCUAUUCUAUUGCUUUAUAAGUGUUUAAAUAAAAAGUAUCCACAUACAUACACAAAGCCAGCCUUUGGCACUUAGUAGCAUUACUUUACAUAAUAGUCACUAUAGAUAUGUACUGUAUGAUUGUUUAUAUGAUGACAUAUUUAUGUGCAAGUGUGGUAGCAGUUGCUUGGAAGUGAUCACCAAGCAACUUGAGCUCAAUCAUUUACCAAUUUAACAAAUGCUAACACAUCCCAAUAUAAUAAUGUCAAUGUGAAUCAUAACAGCAGCCCCCCCAUUAUUUAAGUAAUUUAUGAUAGAACUUAAUUAAAACACAGAGACACAUGGUUUAUAUAUGAAAAUAUUUAUGGGAAUGUCUUAAAAUUCAAAAGAUCGCUUCAAUACAUUCAGUUCAAUCAAAAUCAGUUUGUCACCUGCAGUAACAAUUUCACCUAUAACCUCUUUCAUUAACAGCUAUGUUUUCCAUGAUUGUUACCAAUAAAAGCUUAUUUUCACGCA